AUGGCCGACCUGGCUUCCACGGAUUCAGCUUCGGCUCCCAUCGCUGCACCCGGCGUCACAGGAAGCUAUACCGGUAACAGCUUCACGCUUAAAGCGACCGUGAUCUUCUGCGCAGGCCUGACGAUCUAUAACGCGAUUGAGCUUUUGAUCCUUAUUUUCUCGACCUUCUCGCGCUAUGCCACCGUUUAUUUCUGGAGUCUUUUUGCGUCAAGUCUUAGUCUGAUCCCUUAUUCUUUGGGCUACGCUUUCAAAUUCUUCGGAACCCUGACGGGGAAUGCGAAAUGGGCCUCACUUUCGUUGUUGACUGUCGGGUGGUAUGUCAUGGUCACAGGCCAAGCUGUUGUUUUAUGGUCGAGACUACACCUUGUCGUUACGGGUGACAAUGGGAGCAAGAUACUCUUAUACACCAAGUGGAUGAUUAUAUUUGAUGCUAUCUUCCUCCAUAUUCCCACCACCGUGGUGACCUUUGGUUCAUUCGGUGAUCUUGACACCGACAAGUUUGUUAAAGCUUACAAUGUUGUGGAAAAGUUUCAAAUGACAGGCUUUUUUGUCCAAGAAACAAUUUUGUCGUUGAUAUACAUCAUCGCGACGGUGAAACUUCUCCAAGGAUCUUUUCGAAAAAAGAGCCGCCAGCGCAUGUAUUUGCUGGUUACUAUCAACAUUGUUAUCAUCCUGCUGGAUAUUGGACUUCUAUCAAUAGAAUACGCCUCCCUCCUGAUCCUCGAAACAAUACUCAAGGGUGUAUUCUAUUCGAUCAAACUCAAACUCGAAUUUGCGAUUCUCGGUCGCCUCGUCAGUUUCGUCCGCAGUGGCCAAACAGAUGCCGUUGAAUGUGUUAGUUCAAACACUGGUACUAGCUCGUUCUCGGGCCAAAGAACACAGACUUCUCAGACAAGAUCGAUAGAACCAGAAUUGGAAGAAGGACAUAGUCGACAUCUAGAAAGUAUGAGCCCGACACGUGAUACAUGUGUGCCUCGUCGUCCGCCACAGUUGCAAGGGUCAUCCGGGUCACAAAUACCUUUCAAGGAGAUGAUAGCUGAGCAAUAA